AUGAUUCUACCAAAAAUAGAAGAAUGUGCUAGACAAAUGAUUGCAAACAACUCGGAAGGACGUGACAUAUUAGAGAUGGAUGUGUUGUUUCAUGUUAUAGAAGAGGAUGGAGAAGAUAUAAACCAAGAUGAUGAUGGUCAAGCCCAACAAGUUGUCGAUUUGUUGGAGAAAUUACAGAGUGAUUAUCUUCCUUCCAAUUCAACAAGACAAUGUUCAAUUUGUUUGGAGGAGUUUUGCGCUACAUCCAAUCUUGUUUCUACAAAAUGCUCACAUGUUUUUCAUGAAAAAUGUAUGGUCUCGUGGAUACAAAAAUGCACUCAUAAUUCAUUAACUUAUUCUUGUCCAUUGUGUCGGUGUCAAAUUCCGUGA